UCAUCGAUUGAAACCAUCGACGCCUCUGUGUGUCCGCAAGCCCACAUAGCAAUUAUUGCAACAGCUUGCGAAGCAAAAUGAGUUGGGGUAAGAUGCAGACACGCGCGACAUGAAGGUACAGCAUGGCGGAUACUAAACCUCACCUGAAAUCUCAAACCUCGGAAGAAACGAAAGAGAGUGACCUAAGUAAAGACACUCCUAGCAAAUCGUCCCCCAAAGAAGACAGUUCCUUGUUGGAUCCUACGAGGGAAAUCAAGUCCUACAAACGCCGGUGGUAUGUUCUUGGCGUCUUUGCCUAUGCUGCCCUUCUUCAGGCAGUGGUAUGGAACACUUUCGGACCUAUUGCUCAAUCCGCUAAGGCUGUGUUCGGGUGGACGGAUGCUAAUAUAGCACUGUUUUACAAUGGUGGGAAUAUUGGCUAUAUGUUUUUCAUGAUUCCCGUGGCUUGGCUGAUGGACGUGAAAGGCUUGAGGACAUCGAUGUUGGCGUGCGCUGUGCUGAUGGUGGUGGCGACGUCAAUAAGGUGCAUCACGACUAAACCAGAGCCUGCAACAUGGUUGAUAAACAUCGCAGCUGUUGUGAAUGGCGUGGCUGGCACUGUGCCAUUCGCCGGCCCCGCCCUCCUCUCUGCCACGUGGUUUCCCCCAAAACAGAGGGCCACUGCUACAGCCGUGUCAACUGUCUUCUUCUAUUUGGGCAUGUCUAUCGGCUUCAUUAUUGGCCCCCUUUUGGUGCCAGAACCAGGCGGUUCGUUCUUGAGUGUGGACCAAAUGAUUCCUCUGAACACAUCUCUCCAAAACGAUGAAGCAGCCUACAUCCACCCUUCAGCCACUGACAUCACAGCGGAGAGAGACGGUAUCAUGAAGCUCAUGUAUGUAGAAUGUGCGGCUUGUGUGCUGUUGCUGCUCCUGGUGGUGGUGUACUUCCCCGCCAAGCCCCCCUCUCCCCCCAGCCUCACAGCGUCCAUGGAGAGGACAAACUACCUCCAGGGACUAAAGGGGCUUUGCACACACAGACGGUUCCUGUUGAUUCUCGUCGCCUACAGUGUACCAGCAGGAGUCUACAAUGUCUUUGUCGCAGUCCUUGACGUCAACCUCAACGGCUUAGGAAUAACGCAGAAUCAUGCCGGUUGGAUUGGGUUCUAUGCCACGAUUGGUGGUUGUUUUGCGGCGCUAAUUAUGUCCAGGAUCGCCGACUUGCUGGUGUACCACAUGAAGUGUCUGUUGCUGAUCCUCUUUCUGCUGGCUGCAGCAUCCACAGUCUGGUUCGUCCUGCUGCGUCUGUCCUACCUCCCCUUCACUAUGUUGUACAUUUACACAUCGUCUAUACUGGUUGGAGUGUUCAUCAAUGGUUCUAUACCGCUGUUCUACGAGCUGGGCUGUGAGGCGUCCUACCCUAUAGCUGAGGGGGUGACGGCCGGAAUGCUCACCCUCAUGUACAACUUGGCCGGAAUCAUCUUCCUGUCAGCCCUCAUGAUACCUAACAUAGGUGUCAUCUGGAUGAACUGGUGUCUACUGGGGACGGUCAUUUUCGCCAUACCACUACUUCUAGUCUUCAGGGCUCAUUAUCCACGGACCAACAUCGACACAAAGGAUAUACGAGAACCAUUACCCAAUAGCAAUGAACCAAAGACAGGCAGCACGGAAGCUAGGUGAUGGACAGAUGCCGUCCUUCAUUGGAUAGUCAUACAUGGAGGAAUACAGCUGUCGUUUAGUUUCCGCUGUCCUGCGCAAAGUGAACGUGUUUAUAAGAAAAGAAAGAACAAUCCGAUACAUAUCAAUUUAUUCCUAUUUUAUUAAGCUGACUGUGAUUAACAUUGUGUGAUAUUGUACAUGGCAUUACUUAUAUUUAAGAUCCCCUAUUACCUCAGUAAUACAAAGUAGGGCGAGUGCACUAGUGUUGACAACUCAAGACAUGACCACUCUGGAAGACGUGUCUUCCUGGUAGACAGUCAUAUAGAACAUGCUGUGAGACAAGGUGGACCACCACACGCACACAGUCGUGAUGCGGCAAUACUACACUGGAGCGCCAAGUCAAGGGGACAACAGUACUAGUAUAGAGUAAUCUCAUGUUCACGUCUAUGUGCCAUCACUGUGUAAAAAUGUAUAUACGUAUAUCAUUGUACUAAUUCUUGAAAAUACAGGCUUAUGUUUACACCCUGUUCCCGUGGUGAAAUGAUUCAGGCUAGUGUUUACACCAUGUUCCUGUGAGGAUAUUAUUCAGGCUAGUGUUUACACCAUGUUCCCAUGGUGACAUUAUUCAGGCUAGUGUUUGCACCAUGUUCCUGUGAGGAUAUUAUUCAGGCUAGUGUUUACACCAUGUUCCUGUGAGGAUAUUAUUUAGGCUAGUGUUUACACCAUGUACCUAUGGUGAAAGGAUUCAGGCUAGUACUUCCAUCGGUUCCCAUGGUGACAUGAUUCAGGCUAGUACUUCCAUCGGUUCCCGUGGUGACAUGAUUCAGGCUAGUACUUCCAUCGGUUCCCAUGGUGACAUGAUUCAGGCUAGUGUUCAGACUCGUAUUGACACAACAUUGCUCUGUCGAGAACAUUCAAGGUAGUGUUUGCACCACGUUGCUCUGUCGGGAACAUUCAGGGUAGUAUUUGCAGUACAUUCCUCUGACGGGAACAUUCGGGUAAUUUGUGCACCACGUUGCUCUGACGGGAACAUUCAGGGUAGUGUUUGCUCUACGUCCCUCUGACGGGAACAUUCAGGGUAGUGUUUGCUCUACCUCCCUCUGUCGGGAACAUUCAGGGUAGUGUUUGCUCUACCUCCCUCUGUCGGGAACAUUCAGGGUAGUGUUUGCUCUACCUCCCUCUGUCGGGAACAUUCAGGGUAGUGUUUGCUCUACCUCCCUCUGACGGGAACAUUCAGGGUAGUGUUUGCACUACGUUUCUUUGUUACCGUGGAACUGGGUGUCACUGUCAUGGAAGAGGACGGAACGCCGAUGAUGAACGCAUGAUGAAAGAUAUUGUGCCACGAUUUGUAACUGAGAGUCCUUGAAAAUAUUACAACCAUUCUCCACUGAUCACUUCUUCAAUAUACAUAUAGCAUAUUGCUUAUCAAAUAGCUCACUAUCGGAGAUAAUAUACUCAUAUAAUAUCAAUUUUAAAUGUAUCAUAUAUUAUUUUAUGUAUCAAAAUAUCUUUUUUUUUGUUUAAGCAGAUACCUAUAGUAGUGUAUAUAAAUAUAUCAUUGUACUCAUUCUUGAUAAUACAGGCUUAUGUUUACACCCCGUUCCCACUGUGGAAUGAUUCAUGCUAGUACGUGCAGCGUGUUCCCGUGAUGAAAUGAUUCAGGCAAGUGUUUACACCCAGGUCCUGAGGUGAAAUGAUUCAGGCUAGUAUUUACACAACAUUGCUCUGCCAGGAACAUUCAGGGUAGUAUUUGCAUUACAUUCCUCUGCCAGGAACAUUCAGGGUAGUAUUUGCAUUACAUUCCUCUGCCAGGAACAUUCAGGGUAGUAUUUGCACCACGUUGCUCUGACGGGAACAUUCAGGGUAGUGUUUGCAUUACAUUCCUCUGACGGGAACAUUCAGGGUAGUAUUUGCACCACGUUGCUCUGACGGGAACAUUCAGGUUUGUAUUUGCAUUACAUUCAUCUGACGGGAACAUUUAGCGUAGAAUUUGCACUACGUUUCUCUAACGAUAACAUUCAGGGUAGUGUUUGCUCUACCUCCCUCUGACGGGAACACUAAGGGGAGUGUUUGCACUACGUUUCUAUGUUACCAUCGUCAAGGGAGAGGACCGAAAGCCGAUGAUGAACGCAUGAUGAAAGAUAUAGUGCUACGUUUGGUUACUGAGAGUCCUUGAAAAUUGUACAGCCUGUCUCCACUGAUCACUUCUUGAACAGCAUAUUGCUUAUCAAACAGCUUACUACCGUCUAUAUAGGGGCGGUCAGGUAGCCUAGUGGUUAAAGCGUUCGCUCGUCACGCCGAAGACCCGGGUUCGAUUCCCGACAUGGGUACAAUGUGUGAAGCCCAUUUCUGGUGUCCCCCGCGGUGAUAUUGCUGGAAUAUUGCUAAAAGCGGCGUAAAACCAUAUUCACUCACUCACUCACUACUACCGUAUAUUAUGAAGCAAUACAAUAUCAUUUUUAAACGUUCAAUGAGGAAUAUAUUUAGCUAAUACCUGUAAUAUUUGUUUAUGUAUCAAAAUAUAUUUUAUUUAUUUAAGCAGAUAUCUGCUUCUAAUGUAAUAUAAGUAUUAUUACGGAUCGGAAUAAAUAAAAGAGCGGAUAAAACCCCAAAGAUCCAAAUUAUUAUUCGUGUAUUGCUUUGGAUACUAUAAAAUCUGUUCAGGAUAUAUUCCACUCAUAUCUUAUCAGUAUACUCCUGUGAAGAUCCGGGUCGGAAUAGGUCUUCAGCAACCCAUGAUUGCUGUAAAAUGUGACUGUGCUUGUCUUAAGAGGCCACCAACGGGGUCGGGUGGUAAGGCUCGCUGACUUGGUUGAUGCAUGUCAUUGUAACCCAGUUGCAUAGACCGAUGCCCAUGAUGUGAAUUACUGGAUUGUCUGUAAAAGGCGACCACGCUAAAAUCAUUCAGACAAAUGCUCCCGUUCAGCAUACAAGUUGCGGUCGAUCUCAAAAUCUAUCACCUGCGGUCCAUAGGCGUUAGUUGUAUUCUCGUCCCGUGACGAUCCGGGUUAGAACUGGUCUUCAGCAUCACACGAUUGUCUUCAGAGGCGACUAACGGGAUCGGAUGGUCAGGCUCGCUGUAUUAUGCAUG